AUGGCUUUACAAUCAGCUGAUGAUGACGAUCUAAUGAUUUUGGAUGAUGUUGAUGAUCAACUGUUAAUAGAAAUUUGUCAAGCAGCUGAACAAGAAAAAUCACCUUCAAGGCAAGUUCUUCAUAUAUUGCUCUGGGUAGCUGUUUCAAAGGCAAGUGUUUCAACAUCACUAGAAAAUGAUGAGCUUAUUGCAAUCGAUUUUGAAAUUGCAGAAUUAGACAGCCAAAUUGCUCAUCUAUACAAACAACGUUCAAAACUAGAACAACGUAAACAAGAGUUAAAACGAACGCUGAGCAAUGCAUUGAAAAGUUCAGUUCACGGCUUUCAGAAAGAUGCUGUUGAAAACUGGAGACGAACAGAUUAUCCAUGGAGCAAAAAAGUUGAACAUGUUUUAAAUACAGUAUUCAAAUUACAAACAUUUCGUUUGUGGCAAUUAGAAACAAUUAAUGUUACAUUAUUUGGAAAAGAUUGUAUUUUAAUUAUGCCUACGGGAGGUGGAAAAAGUCUUUGUUUUCAACUACCAGCUGUUGUAUCAGAAGGCAUAACUAUUUGUGUAUCUCCGCUUAUCGCAUUAGUCGAAGAUCAAAUACAUCAACUUCAUGCACUUGAUAUUGAUGCUCGAGCCAUUAACAGUAGUACGUCAAAAACCGACGCUGCAGCUAUUAUGAACAUAUUGAAUAAUCCGAAUCAAAAUCAUCAAAUGAAAAUUCUUUAUGUUACACCCGAGAAGUUAGCUAAAAGCAAAACAAUGAUGACGAAGCUUCAAAAGUUAUAUGAAAUGAAACAAUUUGCAAGAUUAGUCAUUGAUGAAGUACAUUGUUGUUCAACUUGGGGUCAUGAUUUUAGGCCUGAUUUCAAAUAUCUAAAUAUUUUCAAACGUUUAUUUCCAAAGUUACCAUUGCUUGGCCUAACUGCAACAGCCACAACAAAAGUUAUUGAAGACGUUAAACAAAUUCUUAAUAUUCCUCAUUGCGUAUUAUUCAAAGCGCCAUUUAAUAGAAAGAAUUUGUAUUAUGAAGUAUGGAGAAAAGAUUCAGCUAAAGAUUGUAUGGAAGAUUUAGCUCGUGUAAUAACACAACGAUUUGAUAAACAGUCAGGUAUCGUUUAUUGUUUAUCGCAGAAAGAUUCGGAGGAUGUUUGUGGCUAUUUACAAAGUUACGGAAUAAAAGCUGGAUGUUAUCAUGCAAGUUUAACGGGUAGAGCAAGGACUCAGGUACAUGAAAAAUGGUUAAAAAACGAAGUACAUGUCAUAUGUGCCACAAUCGCCUUUGGAAUGGGUAUUGAUAAACCUGAUGUUAGAUUCGUUAUUCAUCAUUCAUUGAGUAAAACAAUCGAGAAUUUUUAUCAAGAAUCUGGUCGUGCUGGAAGAGAUGAUAAGCAAUCACAUUGUUUAUUGUUUUUCAAAUAUAGCGAUGUCUUUCGUUUGGCAUGUAUGGCAUUAGCCGAAAAAUCUGGAAAUGGUCUUAAAAAUUUAUAUUCAAUCGUUGAUUAUUGUCUAAAUGAAACACGAUGUCGUCGAGAUUGUAUUGCUGAACAUUUUGAUGAAGUUUUUCAAGCAGGCGAUUGUCAUAAAAUGUGUGAUGUAUGUUCUCGUAUUAGAAAAGCAACAAAAAAAAAUUGUCGUUCAGAUGCACAAAUAAUAAUUGAUUAUUUAAAAAAUACUGUGACAAGUAAAAAUCGUUUAACAGCCUUAAAAUUAUUUGAACAAACAACAAAAUUAGUGUCAUUAAAUCGUGAGGAUCAUCAACGACUUAUAUUACGAUUGCUUCUCGAUCGAUAUAUAAAAGAAGAUUUUCAUUUAACACCAUAUAAUAGUAUAUGUUAUCUUAUUCCUGGACCACGUGCUACACGUGUCAAUGAUUUACAAUGUGAAAUUUAUUUGGAUGUUAUUGAAACAAAUAAAAUAGCGACGACAGUAGUAAAAGAAACCACAACAACAGCUGAACAACCGCGCAAAAAGCAAAAUAUUCUUACUGUCCCAAAACCAAAACUAAGAUGGGUGAAUGAUGAUAAAAAAGUUGUGGACAAACCAUCAUUAAAACGAGUUUUAGAGUAUGAUGACACAGACAGCGAUGCUAACGAAAAUGUCGCUGAAUUAAACGGUGAAAAAGCCGUGAAGCAACAUAUCACUUCCGUAAUUACUGAUGAAUUUGAUGAACUAGAUUUUUUGUAA